UCAAGAGUAUAUUCUUCUGUCUAAUGCACUGAUUUUACCAGAUGCAAGAUUAAAUUGUUAAAGUUUGACGAUAGCGGCGAUAGUACAUACGUGUGUGUAUUUGUCAUCUAGGUCCCGAAUUAGUCGAACGGAGUACUUCGUGUAUUGUUAUUAGAAUUGUAUCGCUCGUAUUAGUCAGAAACAAAAGCACGAAAAUGAGUAAUUCAACUAUUUCGGAUCAAACACUGAUGGACAAGUCGAUGCGGAGCGUCUUUGUCGGGAAUAUUCCGUACGAGGCUACGGAGGAGAAUCUGAAGGAUAUCUUCAGUGAGGUGGGACCGGUGCUUUCGUUUAAAUUAGUAUUUGAUCGUGAGACAGGCAAGCCCAAAGGAUAUGGCUUUUGUGAGUAUAAAGAUCAGGAGACUGCUCUAAGUGCUAUGAGAAACUUAAAUGGAUAUGAAAUUGGUGGACGAACGUUACGCGUGGACAAUGCUUGCACGGAGAAAAGUCGUAUGGAGAUGCAAAGUCUCUUGCAGGGUCAGAGUACAGAGAAUCCUUAUGGAGAAGCCGUUCAGUCAGAUAAGGCACCAGAAGCGAUAAGCAAAGCUGUGGCAUCUUUGCCACCAGAGCAGAUGUUUGAACUGAUGAAACAGAUGAAACUUUGCGUUCAAAAUAAUCCAAAUGAGGCACGUCAAAUGCUUCUGCAGAAUCCUCAGUUGGCGUAUGCUCUGCUCCAAGCACAGGUGGUCAUGAGAAUAGUGGACCCUCAUACAGCUGUCAGUAUGUUGCACAAGGCUAAUCCUAUCCCAGGUAUACUGACACCAUCGGAGAAACCAACUCAGCAGGUACAACCGCGAAUCGAGGAGCCUUGGGCACAGCGACCCCCACCACCUAUUAAUGCCCCAGCGCCUAUUUUCGCAGGUCAGGACGUAGAUCUUCGACUAGAGAGACAGAUAGAUCCGUGUGUAACUAGGAAGAAUCAAGAUUUGAGAGGAUCACUGGACAAGGAAUUUAAAUUAAAAAUUGAAUCCGUAAAAACAGGUCAGGACGUAGAUCUUCGACUAGACAGGCAGAUAGAUCCGCGUGUAGCUAGAUUGGAUCAAGAUUUGAGAGGAUCACCCCAAACGCAGCCUGCGCCAGUCAGUGCGCCGGUGAUACCGGUCACCACUGAUCUGAGGGGGGCAAAUGCAUUUAAUAUGGCAGACAACCUACUUUCUGUGGAAGGAAUUGAGAGCUUUUAUCGCGAUCCGAGAUCUGAGAGAUUCGGCAGAGAUUCAAGAGAUCUUAGAGAUUCCAGGCCCAUCGAUCCUAGGAUCACUAAACCUCCUCCGGCUCCUGUCGCGCCUCCGAUUGUUCCGAGACCGGUUGUUGCACCAACUGUGCCAGCACCAAGUACUGUAACUAGCAACACAACUGGUUCGUCUGCCACUACGAUUUCGCAGCCUGCGAGUUCUGCAACUUCGAGGCUAGUGGCCGGAAUGUCUCCAGCGGGAAGUAUCCCCAGUGGUGCGUCUGAUCAGGAAAAGGCGGCCUUGAUAAUGCAAGUAUUGCAAUUGUCAGAUGAGCAAAUUGCAAUGCUUCCUCCUGAACAGAGGCAAAGUAUCCUAGUGCUAAAGGAACAGAUUGCAAAAAGUACACAACGUUAAUGUAAAAUCUCUAAUACUUUCUGCAUACAGAACGCGGCAACGUUUGCCACAUGGUGGAAAUUAGUGUUUUCCAUUUUUGUAGAAAAGCGGUAAACUUAAUUGGUUACCAUGCUAACUUUCGCCGCGUGAUAAGUGUUGCUGCAUCCUGUGUGCAGAAGCCAUAAGUCCUGAAUCUAAUGCAGUAUAUAUCAAAGUGUAAUAUGUACGAUGGAUUUCUACAAAAUAAGAUUUUACAAGAACAAAAGAGUAUAUUUCGCUCUUAUUUCUAAUCUAUCUCGUCUUAUUUAUACGUAGAAAAAAUAAACUAUGAUAAAAUGAACUUCACAGUUUAAAUUCUUUCUCGAUUUAAGGCUCCUGAGUAAUCACCAUAUUAAAUCGUUUUAACG